AUGGACGCAACGAUGAUGACGGCCCAGGCAAUGGGACAAGCCCCGUUCCUCUACUACCGUCCGGAACAAAAGCCCGACACGUCUAGGCACCGCGGCCACUUCUCCCAGCAGCCCAACAUGCACCAGCAUCAGCACAUGGCCAUGUACCCCAUGGUCCCGACCCUGCCGUCGACGCCCAUCUAUUCGCGCCCCAACUCGUCUUGCUCACAGCUCAUGGGCCCCACGCUGUACAGCAAUGGCCCCGCGAACAUGACCCCCAUGGCCUCGCCUCAAGCCAUGAGCCACAAGCCCGCCAUUAUGCUCGAGACGGAAAUGGGUGACGACAGCCUCUACUUCCCGUCGACGCCGCCCUUGUCGACGUGCGGCAGCACCAUCAGCAGUCCCAACAACAGCUGCGAGCUUCUCCAGACACCCAUGAACCCUAUGUUCUCUGGACUAGACGGCUUCGACGGUCUGGAUGGUUUCAAGGAAACGCUGGAAGUGCCCGAAAACCUCGCUAUCGACUGGAACAGCUGCGGAUCUCCUCCCAUGACCCCUGUCUACCUUCAAAACCAAGCAGGCAAUGCCGUCUCGCUUAGCACCAACACUAGCGACCUCCUUUCCACAGCAUCUUGCCCUUCACUUUCUCCCUCACCUUCACCGUAUGCCCGGUCGGUCGCUUCCGAACAGGAUCUUGACUUUUGCGACCCGCGCAACCUCACUGUCGCUGCUGCCCCCAACACGUCCAAUCCGACCUUGGCGCCCGAGUACUCAGCCUUCACUCUUGGUGACGAGCUCAGGGGUGAAGUCCCUGCCAAGACCGCUCCUACUUCUGCCCCAUCUCACCAGAACUUUGACUUCAACCCUGCCAUUCCUCACGGCCUCCCCGCCUUCGAGGACCUGUCUGACUUGGAGUCCGAAGACGACUUCGUCAACGGCCUGGUCAACCUUGGCGACGCGAACUCUGCCGAGGUCCGCCGCCCUCGCGCCUGCACCGGCUCCAGCGUCGUCUCACUCGGCCACGCCAGCUUCAUCGGUGGUGAGGAAUUCAACUUUGACGAGGCCGACAUCUCCACCCCGGCUUGCCUUCCCAGCCCCUCAUCAUCUUGUGCCGACGACUGCCACCAGGGCAAGCGUCGCAAGGUCAUGAAGCAGGAAAGCCGCAACUCGACGCCCGCCAUGAACUCUACCGCCGGCUCUUCUCAGGCCGCCAGCAGCGAGCAGAGAUCCGACAGCCAAGCCCCCGCCUCCGAGGCCAACAGCUCGUCCGACUCAGAGUCGGCGUCUGCUCCCCUCCCCGCGCCCGUCAACCGCCGCGGUCGCAAGCAGUCGCUCACCGAAGACCCUUCCAAGACAUUCGUCUGCGAGCUUUGCAACCGCCGCUUCCGUCGCCAGGAGCACCUCAAGCGUCACUACCGCUCCCUCCACACGGGUGAGAAGCCCUUUGAGUGCCACGAGUGCGGCAAGAAAUUUUCCCGCAGCGACAAUCUCUCCCAGCACGCCAGAACCCACGGCAGCGGCGCCAUCGUCAUGGAGCUUGACGAGUCGGGCGUUCACUCCUUCGAUCACGGCAUGAUGAGCCACCCCGAGGACUACCAUACUCUUGGCAAGGUCCUCUUCCAAUGCGCCGCCGAGAUCCCCGGAAGCGCCAGCGAGCUCUCUUCGGAAGAAGACAACGGCAAGAAGAAGCGCAAGCGCUCGGACUGA